AUGCACAUUCAGUCGGCAUACUUGCCGCCAACGAUAAUCUUUGUUGUCGCCCAUAUUUGUGGUAUUAUUGCCUUGAUUUUGGUGGGAAUAUGGAUGAACUUUGAUGGAAAAGGGUAAGCUUUCGGACCACCUAUUGCUGUGGAUGUUGUCCUUAAUUUUCAUUUCUAUUGAAAGAAAACAAAUUUGUGUUACUUCUAAAUCAAUAUCUUUCCAGAUUUGCCCUCCGCGAGAACCCAGCCCUUGAAUUCCGCUGGCAUCCCAUUUGCAUGUCGUUAUCGCUCCUCUUCCUCAAUGGCGAAGCAAUUAUGGUAUAUCGAGGUCUUCGACAAGUCAAGAAGAUCUACACCAAAGCAGUGCACGCCGUUCUCCAUUGCAUCUCCUUUAUCAUUAUGGUGCUCGGUCUAAAGGCCGUCUGGGAUUACCAUGAUUACAAUGUCACCCCCACAGGGCAACCGGCCCCCAUUCCGAACGCAAAAACUCCUCAUUCUUGGGUUGGUCUGGCUUGUGCUUCCUUAUACGGAUGUCAAUUAUUGGCCGGAUUCCUCUCCUUCUAUGUCCCACAAACCCCUCUUCAUAUCAGACAAACUGUGAUGCCCUUUCAUCGAGCUGGCGGCUUGGUGAUUUUCGCAUUUUCCCUGGGCGCAGUAAUUAUGGGAACUGCGGAGAAAUCAGCGUGGGCAUGUAAGUGAUGACUUUACAACAAGGGAAUCUCAUCUGUUUUCAGUACAUUGCCCACCCGAAUACGGAAACAAUAUUUGCCCGGAGAACUUUGUCAUCAAUUUCUUCUGCCUGGCAGUGCUGGCUUAUGGGGCUUGCGUCUUUUUGUUGGUAAAUUAUCUUUUGAUUUUUCACAACUCCAAACUUCAAGAUGAUUUUAAAAUUUUUGAUUUUGAGGGUGUUAUUGCUCUGCCAUUUUGCAUUUUUACGGAAAUUUUUAAUCUAUUUUUUGCACAUGGGUGAACCUCUUUAUAAGCCGUCAACACGUUCUGAUACUUGCAAAAUACUUUUUUAUUUUUCAGGCCGCCGUUCCCGGAUGGAUUCGUCACCCACUUCCCUCAGAAAUCAUUGGCCAAUCAGCGACCGUUCCCUCAAAUGGAACUCACAGUGAAGUCCACUUUGUACAUACAGAACGAGUAACCUCUACGAGUUAUUAA